AUGCAUUACUAUUUACAUCAUUUGAUACGACACAAAGCCGUUCCUUUUAAAUUCUUCUUGGCAGCCUCCUGGAUCUCCAAAAUCUGCUUGUCCCCCGUCUUGAUGAAUAUGCUUUCGGCCGGUUGUAAUGGCUUGAUGAACCGUACGGCGAGACCAGAUGCCAAUGCCUUCACUUCGGUCGCUGUCAAGUUGACCUUUCUACUAGGUUUCAGAAUCAACGAAAAGUUGCGGAUUACCGACUGGUUGUUGCGGUAUUUGAGUCCAAGCCACAAUCUUCUUGUUGCUAUGUUGUCUGGAGUGACAUCGACGGGAUAUUGGUCGGGGCCCGAUGUUGAACCUUUUUGCACCGACGAUAUAAACCCCUCUCUAUACAAGCCGAGUGCUAUUUGGAGGUGUAAUCGACUAAAGGGGAUUGAUGUGGUGGCCGCCCGUACGUUUGUACAGUUCUUUAUAUGGCUACACAAGUGUGCCAAAUGGACGUACGACAUGAUUGUGCAAUCGAAGUGA